AUGAAGAUUUUCACCAAAUUCUCGGCACAUUAUUCUCUUACGGUUGCAUAUAAGAAGCCUUCUCUCUUCCCUCCUCUCUUCACUGAACUCCCCAUAGCCACUUAUCUUGAGAAGCUAGAUUACGAUGAGAGCACGACCUUAACUUUCUAUGCUCGUGCAGACAUGGUUUACACUAUCACCCUCAACGUCGUCCAAAAUGUCGCUAGUCCAAACCGCUUCACUAUAGUCGAACGCACCUGCCAACAGAACUCCUACUGGACCGAGUCCGGCAACGGCGAAUACGUCCUCAACUUACACAACAGCGGCACCUCCGGCAUGUUGCGCUUCAGAGUCCUUGCGACUGGAGAAGAGUUCACCGUCGCCGUCGGGGUGCACAACUACAAACGCUGGUGCGACAUCAUCCCGAAUUUCCAGGAGCUCAAUAAGACGGCAAUGCUCGUCCACCCGACGUACUAUGGCGGGGAGAGGGACGGAAUGCUUUGGAAGCAACUCCCGAGCUUUGAGGCGGUCGACAAGAAAGGGCAUAAGCUCGUGCUAGUAUUCAACACAGCCGAAGGUAACAGCCUCUAUGCGACGCUCUCCAUCUCCGUCUAA